AGUGUUUUAUUUUGAAGGGCUGUCAAACGUGGCGUCGUGCUUUACAAAAGCAUGCUGUCUGAGCUGGUUAUGGACUUCUUCAGUUUUAUUCGCUCGGCCGGGGCUCGUCUCGGUUUCAGCCCUCACUCGUACGCGUUAAAUAGGUCGUGUAAGAGCGCCAGCAUGUGUAAAGAUCUGAAGACGAGAGUGCUGCGGUUAUCAGCGCAGAGCUCCGGGGAUCCGACCUCACAGCAGCAGCGGGAGUGGACGGAGGUCCUGAGCGCCACAGUCAAGGCUCUGAAGGCGGGGCAGCUCGUGGCCGUCCCCACUGACACCAUCUACGGUCUGGCCUGUGUGGCUCAGGACUCCGCGGCUGUCAGGAGAGUUUAUGAUCUCAAAGGACGGAAUGGAGACAAACCUCUCGCCAUCUGUGUCGGAGAAAUACAGGACAUCUACAGGUACUGUACGGUGUCUGUGAAGGAGGAGCUGCUCCGAGAUCUGCUGCCUGGACCUGUGACACUAGUUCUGGAAAGAUCCUCCGCACUGAACGGAGACCUCAAUCCUUUUACCAAGCUCAUAGGGGUUCGUAUCCCAGACCAUCCGUUCAUGAGGCGUCUCUGUCAGAUGUGCGGCGAGCCGCUCGCUCUCACCAGUGCUAACGUCAGCACACAAACCAGCACAGUAGCUGCUAAUGAGUUUGAGGAUCUGUGGCCCAGUCUGGCUGUUGUGGUGGACGGUGGACCGAUUGGAGAUGAAAGCCGUUUGGGUUCAACAGUUGUGGAUCUGUCUGUGUGCGGCAGAUACCGUAUAAUCCGACCAGGAUGUGCUCUCUCUGCUACAGUUCAGGUACUUGAGGGCAAGUAUGGACUGCUGGAGGAUCCUGUAAAUUAGUGAGAUUCAAGCACAGCACAAAGCUGCUGUAGGUCAGAGUCAGACAGACCAGCAGAUCAGACACUGUUCUGAAGUGUGUGCCACUCUCAGUAACGGGUCUUGAGGGUCUGAUUUUCUGUUUUUUUGUUCCCCCUCUUCUCAGAGAGUUGGGUUUGGUUGAUCUAAUCUGAAUGUGCUUUUGAAAUGAUCAUCACAGUCCACAGACGCACAUUUUUCUUCUCACUGCUGGUCAGACGUUUAGUUGCUGAAGACUCAUUUCAUAUGUUACUGUUCUGUAAAGUGGAGUAGUUCUUCUGAUGCCAUGACCUCUAUGCCACUGAGGUGCCUUUGGGGAUACACGGACUAUUAAGUUGGGAAUAUUAUUGUGAAUAUUUGAUUGCUUUGUUACAGCACAUUAAUAGUUUAGAUUCAAGGAUUUUGUUUUGUUAAUUAGGAUUAUUUAUUGCAACUUUAAAUUUCAAAUUAUAGUGCCUUUUUUUUUUUUUAAGGGAUCACCUGCUUUCUGGCAGAGAAUCAUUUGUCUUUGUAAAAUAAUAAAAAAAAACUAAAUCUGAUGUCAAUAACUUUAUUGUACUGCAUAAGUACAAUAAGACUUAAUAUAAGUACUGUUUUGCAGUGUGGACCAAAGCAGAUUCAAUCUUUUUAUGCAGAUAUUAUGCAGUAAUAUUCACACUCCUUUGGUAUUCAUACUUAAAACAUUAUGACUCUGUUGGCAUUCUUCCAUUUUGUUUUAUUUCAUAAAAUGAGUAAUGGUUAUUAAUUUGUGGUUGUUUUAGUUGUGUUAAUGUCUUGCUCAAUGGUUGUAAGUGGAUUUAAGCCAUGUUUCUGUUUUUUUGAGACAUGCUGACAUGAGGCAGCAGUGGGAUUUUUGUAAUUAUGGAAUUUUUGAAGUCAAAUAUAGAAUACUUUUAUAACUCUAAAAAAAUGUAUUGGCAUGUUGCACUAAUGUUCCAAAUUACUUUUGGUGCAAUAAACAAUCCUAAGCGGUUUGUUUUUCUUGCUCAAUACACACUUUUCAUGUUCAAGACUGAAGAAGUUAAAAAUAAAAAAUAACAUACAAAUCUAAUAAAAUGUAACUAUGACAGUUAAUAGUUUGUUUGCUUUAAUACAUAUUUUGUUUUUAUGUGGGUAGAUCUCAAUACUAUCCUCUGUUUUAGUCUGCGCUAGAAGUCACAGCAUAUAAUAUUAUGUGUUAUGUAGCUCAUGAGUGUUCUUUGUGACAGAUACCAUAUAAUCAUGUCAUGGUGCUGAAUAACUCCCUGAACCAUAUUAACACAUUCAUAAAAGCUCUCAAAAACAUAA